CAGUUUCUAACCCCAAAUCAAACUUUUUUGACAAUAAUUUUGAAAAGUUGUCAGAUAUAGGGAGCGGUGGGUUCGGUCAAGUAUAUCGAGUGAGGCAUACAAUUGAAAAUCAGGUGUACGCGGUCAAAAUGGUUAAGUUCCUUGACACUUAUGACGACCACAAACAACAGGAUAUAGUAAAAGAGGUGCAAAACUUAGUUAAAUUGCGCUCAGAAUAUGUGGUCAAUUACCGCAACUCUUGGCGCGAAGACAAUCAUCUCUACAUUCAAAUGGAGUUUUACUCACAAAAUCUACAGUCAAUUAUCAAUAACAAACACCUCGUUUUUGGGCGACAACAGGAAAACGUGAUGAAUAUAUUUGAAUAUUUCAUUUCAUGCGAAAUAUUCAAAGAACUGUUGGAAAGUGUGAAAUAUUUGCACAAUUUGUGUCCACCGGUUAUCCAUCGGGAUCUCAAGCCAUCAAAUGUGUUGAUCUCACAAAAUAAUAGCGAUAAUCGGUUUGUAAGGUUGUGUGACUUUGGUUCGGCCACUUUCCACGACAUGACAACUAUGAGCCAUACCUCUAAUGUCGCCGAUGAUCGGCCGACCAGUGGUCAAGUGCUCGAUGAAUAUAACCAGUGUUGCGGUUAUUAUCACACACUUGUGCUCACCGGUGAUGACUGUGCCUACGGCUGGGGUAGUAAUAGUCACAACUGA